AUGGCGUACGAGGACUUCGGAGUGAGCCUCUCCGAGACGGCCAUCUCUCGUCACCUGCGGCCCCACAGCCCUGCUUCACUCAAAGCCAACAUCAAGCAGAACCUCGCGCUGGCGAGGGACGAAAUAUCCGCGCCCAUGACGCAGAUCGGCGGCGGUCUCCACAUCUCUAAGCCGGAAGCGCGCAUGCGUCUUCUUGAGCGCGUUACUCACGUCUCGAUGCCCCGCAUCACUCAGUGCAUGGUGCAGAAGAUGGAGCUGCAUGCCUCCAAGUCCGUGAACGCCGCGAUCCGCAUGGAAGACAUGAAGUAUGGAGCCCAACUUUGA